GUGUGUGUGUGUGUGUGCCCGUCUCAAGUGUCGCCAUGUCCCGCUUACUGCCUGCCGACUGGUGCGAGGAGCUGCCCUCCGAACCCUACCUGCUGGAUGCCAGCGACCCCCGAGCCUGGCUCUCCAGCCCCUCUCUGCCUACCGCUCCCGACUACCUGAUGUCCCAGCCCGGCCGGAGGCACACGGUGUGCGAGCUGUGGAAGCUGAAGGGGCUACAGGUGGAAGAGGAGGAGGACGACGAGGAUGAGGACGAAGAGGACGGGUGCCAGCAGAGAGCCCCGUCCGGGAAAGCCCCGAAGGGAGUCCAGAAGCAGCGCAGGCUGGCGGCCAAUGCCCGGGAGAGGAGGAGGAUGCACGGACUCAACCAUGCCUUCGACCAGCUCCGGAAUGUCAUCCCUUCCUUCAACAAUGACAAGAAACUGUCCAAGUACGAGACCCUUCAGAUGGCCCAGAUCUACAUCAAUGCUUUAUCUGAUCUCCUCCAGGUACCCCCCGAUCACCCCCAACCCUGCCCUCCCUACGCCGGGCACCCAGCAGGGGAAUCCAGGAGGUUCCCGGGGGACUAUCCUCUGCCUCUAGACCCCAUGAACUACUCCACCCAGAAGGCCAUGUCCUCUUCUUCUCCACCUGCUGAGUCUUCAGGAGAAGAGAGCAAAACUUCCCCCAGAGGUCACAGAAGUGAUGGAGAGUUCUCCCCACAUUCCCACUACAGCGAUUCGGAUGAGGCCAGCUAA